GAACAUAUAUAACGGGCCAAAGCAAUUUUCAUCGGCUCUCUUCAAAGUUCUCCCCUCCGCAAAAUAAUCAACAAAAGCAGCCGCAGCCAAAGCCAAAGCCGCCGAAACCUCUCAUUUUCACUGUACCACUACCAGAACCACCAGGCAAAUCGAUUGGAGCAACCAUGUCUAUGUGGUCAAUUCUACGGCGAAAACUCGCUACCCAACCCUCCUCCACCUCUGCUUUUGUUUUUGGACGCUCAACCUCAACGCGUGGUUACUCCACUACCAAAGUGAAAGAGGCAUUGCUUCUUGGUAGAGGCUCAAAAAUUGUGGGCAAUGUUGGUCGGAAUGGUUUUCUCGGUUGUCCAGUUAGCUCAAAGCCAGUAAGGGAAGCUGUGUCAUUUUUUCAAAGAGAUUCUCCUAUCUAUGUACAGAAUAGGUCAUUUUCUUCUGAUAAUGGUGAUCUGGUUGAUGCUGUUGUACCCUUCAUGGGUGAAUCCAUAACCGAUGGCACUCUAGCAACAUUUUUAAAGAAACCUGGUGAUCGUGUAGAAAUUGAUGAACCUAUUGCUCAAAUAGAAACUGAUAAGGUGACAAUUGAUGUGGCUAGUCCUGAGGCCGGUGUUAUCCAAGAGCUUGUUGCCAAAGAAGGUGAAACAGUGGAGCCAGGUACCAAGAUAGCUGUUAUCUCAAAAUCUGGUGAAGGUGUAUCAGAAUCACACGUUGCUCCAUCAGAGGAUGUGCCUAGCCAGGCUGCUUCUAAGCCAUCUGCAGGAAAGAAAAAAGAAGACAAGGAAAAGCCUAAAGAAGAAACAUCUCUUCCUAAGCCUAAAGCUGAGACUUCUCCUCCUAAGCGUAAAGCUCCUUCUCCACCACCCCCUAAGGCCUUAGCAACAGAACCUCAGCUUCCUCCAAAGGAAAGGGAAAGAAGAGUUCCAAUGACAAGACUGAGGAAACGUGUUGCAACACGUUUGAAAGACUCUCAGAACACAUUUGCUAUGCUGACUACAUUCAAUGAAGUUGAUAUGACUAAUCUGAUGAAGCUCCGUUCCGAAUAUAAAGAUGCUUUUGUUGAGAAGCACGGGGUGAAGUUAGGUCUUAUGUCAGGAUUUAUUAAAGGUGCAGUAAGUGGGCUCCAGAAUCAGCCAAUUGUCAAUGCUGUCAUUGAUGGGGAUGACAUCAUCUAUAGAGAUUAUAUUGACAUCAGUAUUGCUGUUGGUACUCCAAAGGGCCUUGUUGUUCCGGUUCUCCGCAAUGCUGAUAAAAUGAACUUUGCUGAGAUUGAGAAGGCGAUCAACACCCUUGCAAAGAAGGCAAAUGAUGGCUCUAUAUCAAUUGAUGAGAUGGCUGGAGGCUCAUUCACGAUAUCGAAUGGUGGUGUCUAUGGAAGCCUUUUAAGUACCCCAAUCAUCAAUCCCCCUCAGUCGGCCAUCCUGGGCAUGCACUCAAUUGUGAACCGUCCUAUGGUUGUUGGUGGGGAAAUUGUUUCGAGGCCAAUGAUGUACAUCGCCCUAACAUAUGACCAUCGACUAAUUGAUGGAAGAGAGGCCGUCUUCUUCUUACGUCGUAUUAAAGAUGUCGUGGAGGACCCUCGGAGGUUGCUUCUUGAUAUUUGAGGAUGCCACAGGCAACUUUCUGAUACCCCUUUCCUGUGAUGUUGUAGUAAGUUUUGGGGACGCAUUAGAGAAUAAGGAUUUAACAUCCUUAAAUUGACUUUAAUGGGGGAUUUUUCAGUUGUGACCCGUCAGCAUUCAAUACCGGCGUGGCGUAUAUGAGACUUGUUAUAUUGUAUUCCUUGUUCGAGUUUAAGCUUCUUGAUUAGAGCCUGGCAUCUUUCUUCCCUCGUGCAUUGUAGUAUUUUACCCUUCGUACAACAUUGGUUGUAACCUCCUUUACCCACACCCUCCUUUUUUCUUUUUCUUUUUUACUUUUAAAAUCUAAACUACAAAAAAAUAAUGGAAACGAGUAAAUUCGAGUAGUCAACUUGAAAGAUGGCUUACAAUUAACUUGAUUUCUUUCUA